CUGACGGUGACGCUGUUUGCGGCGACCAGCGGGGCGGAUACGGACUUCACCGCGAAGCUGGUGGACGUGGAACCGUGCGGCGCGGCGCGGAGCCUGGUGGACGGCAUCAUGCGAGGCCGGUACCGGAAAGGAACGGACGCGGCGGUGCCGGUGACGCCGGGCGCGGUUGAGGAGUACACGAUAGACCUGGUGGCGACGAGCAACGUGUUCAAGGCGGGGCACCGGCUCCGAUUGGAGAUCAGCAGCAGCAACUUCCCGAGGGUCGACGGCAAGGGCGGCUUGUUCGAGGGAUACUACGCCCAAGAGGCUGGGCUCGUGUUCUUCCGCAAAUAUGACCGGAGUUUGGAACUCCAACUCCUCCAGCCUGAUGUUGGUUUGGCCGACGUCGACCGGGACGAUCCUGCCGUCGGCCGUCUCGGAGGGGAGUGA